AUGCCUCCUCCUAAGCACGAAGGAGAGAAGAUCCCAGACAACAACAUCGAUUGGAAAGAGUUUCAUGAAACUCUACUCUCAUCUCAAGCCGCUAUGCAAGCAUCACAAGCAGCGCUGCAAACUUCCAUUCAAGAGCUGAGUCAAGUGUUGAUCCGACAUCUUGGGGGAGGUAAUCAAGCGCCGCCACCAGCAGCCAUCAUCAACACACCAGCAAACCAAAACAACCAGCAGCAACACGAGCUCGCACGUUUCAGACAACAGGAGCAGCGACAACAUGACACACGUUGGGAGACUGGUUUUAAAGUGGACAUACCAGAAUUCGUCGGAGGGAUCCGUGGCGAUUCACUUCUGGAUUGGUUGGUAGCUGUUGAAGAAGUGUUGGAGUUUAAAGGUGUACCAAAUAAUCGGAGGGUUUCACUCGUUGCAACAUGUUUUCGGGGACACGCAGCGUCUUGGUGGCAACAACUCAAGUCAUCACGAGCUCGCGCCGGGAAAGAACCAAUCCGUUCAUGGGAUAAGCUCAAGAAAAAGUUACGGGACACCUUCCUUCCACACAAUUACGACCGUACUGUGUAUAAUCGUCUACAGAAUUUGCGUCAAGGAGCACGUUCCGUUGAGGAGUAUGCGGAGGAAUUUUACCUCUUGGCCACCCGCAAUGACAUUUAUGACAGCGAAGUUCAAAUGGUUUCACGAUUUAUUGGUGGAUUGAGAUCUCAAAUUCAGAACGCCCUGGCCCAAUUUGACCCAUCCACAGUCGCAGAAGCUCAUAGGCGUGCCUCAUCUUUCGAGCAACAAUUUCGCACAGCCUCAAACUCCUCCUUCUCUCGAUCCCGCAACACAGACCAGAAACCCACCACCACGAGUGUGACAUCGCGCGAUACAACAGAGCAAGGAAAUACGAGUACAACUCACACCACCAAAGAAGAAGAGCCUGCUUUGCGCCGUUCCACUCGUCCUAAUGCUCUAAGGUGUUAUUCCUGCGGAGAACCAGGUCAUCGACAAACCGCCUGCCCCAACCAAGCCCGACGUGGGCUCCUUAUUGAAGAUGGUAAGGUGAUAGACGAAGAUCCUGACUAUGAUUCACUAGAAGAUGAAGGAACAGAAGAGCCUAUCACGACACUUGCUACUCCAGGAGAUACAGGUCGUGUGCUAGUGUCACGUUUCUUGUGUUUGACUCCACAACAACGAGAAGAACACUGGCUACGCACCAAUAUUUUUCGUUCGACUUGUACCGUCAAAGGCCGCGUUUGUACCUUUGUCAUCGAUUCGGGAAGCUGUCGUAAUAUUAUUGCGGAGGAAGCAGCCCGCAAGCUAGGCCUGCCUUUUGAAGCGCACCCCACAGCCUACUCAAUCACAUGGCUGCAAGAAGGCGUUUCAUUUCGUGUGUCUCAUCGGACCCUUGUUCCUUUCUCUAUUGGCCCAUUCUACAAAGACAGGAUGUAUUUUGACAUCGCACAAAUGAACGUGAGCCACUUAAUUUUGGGGAGGCCAUGGGAAUAUGAUCGCAAAAUCAUUCACGAUGGAGCCGCCAACACCUAUGACUUCCUUUGGGAAACUCACAAAAUCCUGCUGCUACCAUCACCGGACACUCCCUUAGUGCCUCACGCAACACCGCCGCCCGAAAAAUCACCACCACCUCCAAAAACACUGACAGCUACGGGUCAUCAUGGUGGCACCAUUCUCUGUUCUUUUUCUACUUUUGAAAAGGAAUUACAACAAGAAGGCUUCGCCUUAGCCGUCCUCACUUCGUCACCAAAACCAGCCACCCCGCAAACCCCUAGUUUGUUUGAUGGUGUCCUCACGGAAUUCACAGACGUGUUCCCUCAUGAACUACCACAAGAAUUGCCUCCUCUCCGUGACAUUCAACACCACAUUGACCUCGUUCCCGGUGCUACACUACCAAAUCGACCUCACUACCGCAUGAGUCCACAAGAACAUGAUGAGCUCCACCGACAAGUAGAAGAACUUCUUAGCAAGGGCCAUGUACGUGAAAGCCUCAGCCCGUGCGCCGUGCCCGCUCUUCUCAUUCCAAAAAAAGACGGAACAUGGCGUAUGUGCGUUGAUAGCCGUGCCAUCAACAAAAUCACAGUCCAUUACCGCUUUCCUAUUCCUCGGUUAGACGAUCUAUUAGACCAGAUUGGGAAGGCAUCUAUCUUCACUAAGAUCGACUUAAAGAGUGGCUACCAUCAAAUACGGAUUAGUCCUGGGGAUGAAUGGAAGACCGCUUUCAAGACCCGUGAGGGACUGUUUGAAUGGUUGGUAAUGCCGUUUGGACUCUCCAAUGCUCCGAGUACGUUCAUGCGUGUGAUGAAUCAAGCCCUCCGACCGUUUAUUGGAAAAUUCGUCGUCGUGUACUUUGACGACAUACUCAUCUUCAGCUCCUUUGGACUUCGUGGAGGAACUUCAGCAAGUUCAUACGGAAGCUCAAGCCAAUCUGGAGGCUGCGGCGACCAAGACCGCUUUCCUCUCUGUGAAUACAAUAAGCUUAAGUCACGAAAAAUUGGUCCACUUGAAGUGGUGGAACGGAUUAACGCCAACGCGUAUCGUGUCAAGCUUCCUCCUCAUCUGCGAACAUCGGACGUUUUUAAUGUGAAGUAUUUGUCUCCGUUUCGCGGCGACAACGACACUCUGGGUUCGUGGUCGAACCCCCUCUCACCCGGAGGGACCUGA